AUGUCAUCGAAAUACGUGGGGUUUCUGUUAUGCUCGAAAUGUGGCUAUCAGUACAACAAACCAAAAAUUCUACCCUGUUCGCAUACGUUCUGUGAAGUGUGUAUACCGAAUGAUGAUGGAUGUACCACAUGCAUUAUAUGUUCCCGGAAGCAUAUGAUACCAAAUGGGGGUGUUGGGAAUUUUCCUGCCAACAUUCUUAUCAUGGAUCUUGUGGAUUUCUACCUAAAUGAGCCUGAGUUUCUCUGUCGUAGCUGCGCAAACGACAGAUCACAGCAAUAUUGUAAAUCUUGUUUUUUACUAUAUUGUAGCAGCUGCGCGGACAUUCACGACAAACUACCAGUCACCAGCCGACAUACGUCAGUCUCAUUACAUGAUUUCCGUCAGAGUGAAUUUCUCAAAACACCCUUUGAUCGAACGAUGUCAUGCCCCCAUCACUUCGGCAACGAACUCGAAUUAUAUUGCAAAGAGUGUGACACACCUAUAUGUAAGAAAUGUACUGAGUCCAACCACUAUGGACCAUCACACACAAAUGAACCCAUAAACAAAUUUGUCACCGAAAAGAAAGCUGUGCUCGAAGAAGCAUACACAAAAGGGUGUGCACUUAACUUACAGCUCCAGUCUAUGAAAUCGAUUGUGGAUACGGAAAAGAAAGUCAAUGAUAACCUAUCAAAAACAAUGAACAAAACAGUUGGCGAGCAAGCUAAAGAUAAACUUAACCGGCUAGAAUGCAUGAUUGGGGACAUAAAUAAGGAAAAAUCGCUAAUGCUGAAACAAGUGGAUAAUACACACGCUAAGAAAAGGGAGGAGAUUGAUAAGCAAAUUUCUCGAUUAAAACCAGAGCACGAUAAGAUAAGGAAAUUUAAAGAUGCCGCAUGUCUGCUGCAAGAAAUUGAAAAUGAUAUUGGAUUCCUGUGUUUAGUCAACCAAGAGAUGUUUGAAGCAAACACAAUUUUGAAAAACGAUUUAACCCAUAAGAAAGUGGGUACAAUGGAGUUUGUUGAAAAUAAAGAACGUUUUCGAUUCUUAGAGACCCUUGGUUUCAUUGCAGCAUCAGAGCCUAUCAGUGCACAAGUCUCUGACCCGAAAAAUAUGGAGUCACCAACGCUCACCAUGCUGCACAGACAUGGAGUGAAGGGAUCUAUGGACAGAGAAUUCAACAGCCCUGCUGGUCUCACAACCACUUCCAGAGAUGACAUCAUUGUUGCUGACAGCAAUAAUGAACGACUACAAGUGCUGAAUCGGAAUGGUAAAUUUCUUCACCGGCUUACAGCAGACAACUUUCCAAAUUUUCUCCACAUCAUAUGA